UAUUUUUUAUCAGGCAGAUAAAAAGUUAAUGAUGCUAAUAUCAUACAAUUUCAGGUACCAUCCUGAUAAGAAUGCAAAUGACCCUAAAGCAGCUGAUAUAUUUAAGGAGGUCACUUUUUCUUACAAUAUUUUAUCUGAUCCUGAUAAACGACAUCAGUAUGACACAGCUGGGUUUGAGGCUGUUGAAUCAGAGAGCCAAGAUUUGGAGUUAGAUCUUUCAAGUUUAGGUGCUGUGAACACCAUCUUUGCUGCACUUUUUAGUAAACUUGGUGUGCCAAUCAAAACAACUGUAUCAGCAACUGUCUUGGAGGAGGCACUACAUGGCACAGUAACAAUUCAUCCACUUCCACUAGGACAACGCGCGUUUAGAAAGGUUGAAAAACAAUGCGCUCAUUUUUAUGCUGUUACCAUAACAGAGGAGGAGGCACGAUCUGGAUUUGUGUGCCGUGCCCAAUCACCAGACAAAAGCAAAUUCAAGGUUUGUACAAGAAUGUUAAGUAAUCUGUAUGUUCGUUGCGGAAGGUGCAGCUAUUUAAAUUUUAGAGUUGUGAAAGUCAUUAAUAUUUAUAAUACUGGAGGAGUCUUGGUCAAUAAAUAAGUUCACUUGUUCAAACUUAAAUUCUAAGUUCUCUUUCUUCAUCUCUUCCUUCUUUGACACAUAAAUUAACUUGUCCAAACUUAUUUCUGUUGGUAGGUCAUUUUUUGAGCUCAUUUCAUCACAGAUUUUAUCCUCUUUAUACCCAAUUGUUUUUGAAAAGUUCUACGAUGAAGGAAAAAAAAAAGAGUUACUUUGAAGGCCUUACAUAAUAU